CAAUGGACGAAUCAAACAAAAUUGGCCUAAAGGUAACCAGGCCAUAAACUAAAAAAAAAACAAACAAAACAAAAAACAGAAAGCUUUAUGUGCCUACCGUAUUGAAACUAUUAUUUUUUUACAUAUUUAAGCGCACAUCAUCUGAUGUGUCAUAUAUUAACACGAUUGAAUAUCCGACCGUUAUGUUCUAUUCAAUAUCAUCUAUUAAAUUAUACGGAUUCUACGAAUAAUUCCUUUAAAGCACAUAACAUUAUUACUGGUCUCCAAGACAAAAUUUACAGUUUAAAAUUUAAAAAAUAUUUCUUGCCUUACAACAACAACUUGCAUCUACUAGGCUCUAUUAGGCUCUUAGUAUCGGAUAAAAAGGAAAAUAAAAUGGUUGAUCCGCGACGAGUAGUAAGCUACGAAGAUGUAUUGAAAGUUAUUCAUCAACCCGAAAAGGUGUUGAUCGACGUGCGUAAUCCUGAUGAAGUAAACACAACUGGAAAAAUACCUUCAAGCAUCAAUAUUCCACUAAAUAGUGUUCAAGAGGUUCUGGUAUCAAUGUCUAACGAGGAGUUCAAGAAACAAUAUCAGAGAAACAAACCUAGUUCAACAGACGAACUGAUAUUUUACUGUCAAUCUGGAAGAAGAUCAACUGAGGCAUUGGACAUAGCAUUAAAGUUAGGUUAUUCCAAGUCGAAAACAUAUUUAGGGAGCUGGAAUGAAUGGUCUAGAACACAAAAAUAAUGAAAUCGAAGAUUUCUAUCUAAUAUAGAUAUUAUUAUGUAUAUCUUCAUAUUGUGAUAAAGACAUGAUAAAAUUUGAACACAAGGUAAUUUUGUUAAUUUGUUAACUAAUUGGUGAAAUGAUUUUACGUAGGUAUGUGAUACAUUGAAAUAAAAAUAUAUUUGUUAAUUACUAAAA